AUGGUUCGUACGGUUAUCAGACCCCUCGGAAAGAUUUCGAUCCAAGAGAAUUUAACUUCAAGUAUCCAGAGCCUCUUUUCCAUGAUGAUACAAGCUGACGAAGAAAGUGAUGUACCUGUAUUGAACAACCUCUCUUGGCCAGACUUGUGGAACGAGGUUUUGAGCACCGAUUUUGCCGGCGUAGAAUUUCCCGCCCAAAAUGGUGGAUUGGAGAUGAAUAACUCUGCGAUUUUUGACCCUGGGGAUGGAAUAGAGUCUUGUGCUACCCAUAAUCUACUUCCUUUAUCUCAUAAUUUGAGUCCGGAGCUUGACUUGACAAGUCAAUAUCUCUUUACAACCGGCCAAGCUCCUACACCUCCACCAGAGCAAAUAUGCUACGGAAUGGUAAGCCUUUCGCGCCUGGGAGUGAACCGUAUCAGGACGGAAUCAAGAAUAUAUUACUGUACUACUUACUAAUAAUAUACAGAUUCACAGAGCCGCCGUAAAAGUUCAAGGUGACAUGCCGGAUGUAGAGGCAAAGCUUAAAGCAGGCAAUGGCUCUGUUGAGGAGGGCUUUGACAGCUUUAGUCUCACUGGAUCUGACGAUCGACUUGUCUUGGAAUUUCCAGAUGGCUCCACAUUCGGCACCCUCAAUACUCACACUACAAGUUCUUUGAAAGACUUACUAGAUAAGCCUUCGGUCGAGUUCGAUGCACUGGGUCCUACUACACAGAUAAGAGAAGCAAUUGAAAGGGCAAUAAAUGCCAAAGACGCCUUGGUACGGGUUCACAUCAAUAUUUAUGGACCAAAAGAUACCGCUGAAGAAAUCGGACACCAUUUAUCACAACAUAAAACAUACUUGCAACGACCUGAUGUUCUCCGACGUGGGGUCAUUUACAACAAUCCACACUAG